CUUAAUGUGAAUGGUUGUUGCUCCCCCAGACUUUCUUGACAAGGCAUGCUCUGGUAUAUCUCUGUUUUACCUAGAUACCAGAGGCCUGCAGCUACAGCAGCUCAGUUUGGAUAACUUCAGCCUGUUUCUCAUUUGUUAUUGCUCGUUAUGUAACUCAGCCACAAGGUUUGUGUGUUGGGAAGGGACAAGUGAAGUCUCCUCGGUGAGCUGACUACCAAGCAAGCCAAAAGACCAUGUGGGUUUAAUUGACUCUUAUUACAUUAAGUAAUGAGCACAUCUCCUAUUGACCCUGUUGUACCAGGACACUCAAUCAGCUAUCGAACAGCAGUUGAUUCUAACAAUAUUAUACUAUAAAAAUGUCCACCUCUGUGGUCUGGCAAACCAGUAUUAUACAUCACAGGGAACUGUGUACCGCGUAGUAACAAGAGUAUGCAGCUUUUAACCAACCACUUGGUGAUAAACACACCCUCAGCCAGACAGUAAAUGCCAUGGUGGUACAGGGUUGCCGGCUCUCACGAUGCUCUGCUGUGUCGAUGCAGAAGGGCCAGUAUUGUGGGCGGUCGUACUUCCCUGUUGUGUUCAUUGGCUCCCCUGCUUUUCCCAAAAGCACAUGUGUGCAACUCCUCCCUCUUAUGACUUCUCCGGUUAGAGUUUGACCGAAGUCAUAUGUCUCAGUACUGUACGUGGGAAAGGGUACUGUCUGUUGUAACGGAUGUGAAUAGUUUUGAGCAAACGGUACGGAAACGGGUGCAAUAUGGGACUCGCUUUGGCUUCACUGGGAUGUCGACAAGAACACCGUGUGCCAGGUUUAUUUGCGCUUCUUAAUUUAUUUUAACACCAUAACUGUGUGGAAACAUCUCAUCGUUUUGCGGUGCUUAUUUCGGGGAAUAUUUCAUCUACUAUAUCGCUGCCAUUCAUCUUCUUCAUCGUCUAAGGGGAAUAUUUAGUUUUUUGCCGUCUUGAAAUGACAAAGCACAUGGCUGUGGGAGAGUAGCAGAAGUUUUCUCCCAAACACCGGACACACUCCUCCUCCUCCUCCUCGUCUUUGUGCGCUCCUGCCGGCGACAUGACCCUCGGCGCGGUGUCCGGAUCUGACAGCUCGUCGGCUGUCAGUUUCUGCUCCUGCUGCGGGGCCAAGAUGGUCCCCUACUUCAGCGACGACGCGGUGGCGUCAAAAAAUCAGAUAAACCAGCUUAUCAGUGAGAGUUUCCUCACUGUGAAAGGUGCAGCCCUGUUCCUUCCCAGGGGAAAUAGUCCCACGCCUAACUCUGCACCUCGUAUCAGCCAGCGCAGGAACAAGCACACAGGUGACCUCCAGAAACAUCUUCAGACCAUGUUCACUGUGCUGCGGCCGGAGGACACUAUCCGACUGGCUGUGCGUUUGGAGAGCGCCUACCCUCAGGUAACCCGCUACAUGGUGGUGGUCUCCACCAAUGGUAGACAGGACACAGAGGAGAGCAUCGUGCUCGGCAUGGACUUUGUCUCCUCUGAUAGCUGUUGUACGGUGGGUCUGGUUCUACCUCUGUGGAGUGACACUUUGAUCCACUUGGAUGGAGAUGGUGGUUUUAGUGUGUCAACAGUGAACAGGGUUCAUGUUUUCAAGCCAGUUUCUGUCCAGGCCAUGUGGUCAGCCCUCCAGUCACUCCACAAAGCUUGCGAGGUGGCUCGCUGCCAUAACUACUACCCAGGUAGCCUGUUUCUGACCUGGGUCAGCUACUACCAGAGCAGGAUCUCAUCCAACCAGUUCUGUAUCAAUGAGUGGAACGCCAUGCAGGACGUCGAGUCGCACCGUGCCAACUCACCCGUUCUCUUCACCGACCUGCCCACAGAGAGGGAGCGCACAGAAAGGCUGAUCAAGAUGCGCCUCAGAGAGAUCAUGAUGCAGAAAGACCUGGAGAACGUCACCUGUAAGGAGAUCCGAACAGAGCUGGAGAUGCAGAUGGUGUGUAACCUGAGGGAGUUUAAGGAGUUCAUAGACAAUGAGAUGAUAGUCAUCUUAGGACAGAUGGACAGUCCCACUGAAAUCUUUGAACACGUCUACCUGGGCUCUGAGUGGAAUGCCUCUAACCUGGAGGAGCUGCAGAACAGCGGAGUGCGCUACAUCCUGAAUGUGACCAGGGAGAUAGACAACUUCUUUCCAGGGAUGUUUGAGUACCACAACAUCAGAGUGUAUGAUGAAGAGGCCACCAACCUGCUGGAGUACUGGAACGAAACCUACAAGUUCAUCACCCAAGCCAAGAAAGCUGGUGCUAAGUGUCUGGUUCACUGUAAGAUGGGUGUGAGUCGCUCCGCCUCCACUGUGAUAGCCUACGCUAUGAAGGAGUACGGCUGGGACUUGGACACAGCCUUUGACUAUGUUAAAGAGAGGCGGGCCGUUACCAAACCAAACCCUUCCUUCAUGAAACAGCUGGAGGAAUAUCAGGGAAUUCUGCUGGCCAGCAAACAGAGGCAUAAUAAGCUGUGGCGCUCACACUCUGAUAGUGACCUAUCAGAUCGCCCAGAGACAAUGUGUAAACCCUCCUCUGACUCACUGGGCCACUCCAACUCUCACAACAACAACACUUCCUCUCCCUCCUUGCAUCACUUCCUAGGCGUGGCUGUGCUGCAAGCGCUCGCUGCUGAACCUGAAGACUCUGCCAAAUCAAACAACACAAACACCUCUGAGUCAUAUCCAGAGUCCAAUGGUGUGUGUGACUCACCAUGUCAGGAGGAGGUCAUAUCAGAUUGUGGAGAACCCCUCCUGCUUCCUCUCCCCAGACCCCGAGCAGCCACUGUAGUCCCAGAGGAAAGACUGGACAAUUCAGCGAGUGUGGCGGUUACUGUGCCUGUUGCUCUGCGCCACCCUCCACCAUCGCUCCACAUCUUACCUCCUACUCCUGAACUCCAACGUGCUCACCGGGGUCCUCCCACACAUCUUUCCAUUUCAGUGCCCAAACACAAACCACUGGAAAUUUCACUCGAUUUGCCUGAUCAAAGCAGCUCAGAAGAUGUAUCUCCUCUCACGCUGGGAUCCACAGACUCGGACAUCAUCGACCAAUCAUUAUCAGAUUUAACAAGCGACAAACACAGCCCCCUCAGCCCUGCAAACAUCAUACCCCUCCCCCUGGUUCUUCCCCUUGCCCCCAGUGAUGACAACAACAACCCCAGUGAGUUACAGAUAGGCAGUGGUUUGGACAGCCGCAGCGAUGCCGAUGGUUCAUCCAGCCACAGCGCAGACAGCAUCAACUUCUUCAGCGCCAGAGAGAAGUUUCUGGGCCUGGCUCAAGAUGGCAGAUCACAGACACUUUCUGAGCAGGCACAACAAAGAGCUCCCCUAUUACUCGAGGAAGACGGUCAUACUGAGUCUAAGGAAGAGGAGGAGCAGGGAAACGACACAAGUCAGUCUUACGAAAGCAUUGAGAAAGCCAGCCUUGACCGAACUCCUCACCCUCACCAUGACAACGGAGUAUCAGUCCGCCAUAUUGUCACGGAGAUUGAGGCGAUAUGCCACCCUGCCUCCUGUGUUCCUACUCCCUCCUCUUCCUCUUCAUCGCUCCCUCCAUCCUCCCUCAGCCCUCAGCUCAUCCGACCAGAACAUCAGAUCGAGGCAGAGACUUCUGAAGUCGUGCAUGGCUCGUUAACUCCACCUUCACACCCGCAGUCGCCCUCCAUGCUGCCAUGCGAUUGGCUGGCAGGCUCGGUGCGGCGGGCCACCAAGCAGCUGGAGCAGAGGCUACGCCAGGAGAUGGAGAUGGCAACGUCUCAGCGAUCUCCGCUGCAUUCUCCUAGUGCUGAACACCCUCCUGCCAGACUGUCCCCGUGUCCUCUGAACACUGAACAUCCUCCCCUUCCGUCCCCUCAGAAUUCCUCAGAACAAAGCAUCACUCAGGGAGAGAUCACAGCUGUAUCUGAGAAGUCCAAAGACAGAAAGAAGCAUACAGGGUCUCAUACAGAGCUUCAAUUAUUCAACUCCUCAGGCACAGGCAACCUCAAAGACCCUUCAUGCUUACCUGACUCAAAUAUUAGCCAUGUCUCUGGUGUUACACCUACCACUGAUAGCCAUAUGCUGACGUCAUCACUGGCCUCUGCUAGUCAGUUGGCAGAGUCGUCUAUAGAUACCUCAGCCCAGUCCCAAAGACAGACCCAGCUCCACAGCCAAAAGCAGCAGUGUCAGACCCUACCUCAGGUCUGUUCAAACCAGAUGACUCUGGGUGGAGUGACACUGCGGGAAUCUGACACAGAUGAGAAGGUGGAGUCCAGCUCCCAAAGUGGGCGAGGGGGCUGUGGCCCGGGCUGUGAUGCCCAGAGCAGACUGGCUCAUGGCAGCCAGGAGCUGGAGAGGAUUCAGCAGACACUUAGGGAGCUGCAGGCUUUCCUCCAUGAGGGUGUCAGCGUGGAGAGGACUAACAGCCAAGACCAGGAACUGGGGCAGCCUCAGGGGCUGCGAAACUUUAUGGACACGGAGCCAGGUCCUUGUAAAGGAGCAAGCUCUGAACAGAACCCUCCUGGCCCGGAAGCAGGACAGAGGCUCCGAGAAAGUGUCUUGGAGUCGGCAGGGUGGCACAGAGCCAUGGAGCUUGAGGCUCGCAUCCGUCAGGCAGGCCUCACCCCUCCUUCUCUCAUGAAGAGGUCAGCUUCCUUGGCUAAACUGGACUGUCUGGAGUUGUCAGCCAAUGACCUCAGCGACUUGGACCUGAGGCCGCCGCCAAGGGUGACAUCAUCACACUCCCAGGACUCUUUCUCCACGUUCCCUCCUCACCCUGAUGACACCUGGAAGAAGCAGAAAGUGUUGGCUCAAAACACCCUUGUUGAAAAGACAGAUCUGUCCCCCAGGUCUUGUGUGGACAAGUUAUUGUUGUCACCAUCCGUCUGCUUCUCCUCUGUCCCUCAUCAUGGUCCAAGAGAUGACACAGGUGAGAGGGAGGAGCCAGAGGGCAGCGGAAGCGGUGCAGUCACUACCACACGUCAGCAGGGGAGGGGACACUCAUCCAGACGUUCUCGCAAAGUGUCUGCUGAGAAAAAGCAGCGAGCUGUCACUGUGCUAUACAAUACCAUGUAACCUCAGUGCAAUGGACUGGAACGGACAUGACUGGAGAUGUACAGAUGUGUAUGAGAGGCUGCAUGAUGAGUAUGAAUGUGUAGCAAGUCAACUGUAGACCCUGUUAAACCUCAGAUGUAUGUAUGUAUAGCGUAUAAGAAUUGAAUGAUGAACGUGUUUGCAUGUAAACCACUGGAUGUGUUGUUUCAACUGGAGUUCAGGUUUGUAUGUACAGUAAUGAAAAAUGAAUGUCCAAACGAAGACUGAACUAGUGCAUACUGUGUGCACUCCACUGUGUCUGUCUCCCUUUUUUUUAAGAAGUGUUUAUUUUCAGUGUUUGACCCUUGUUGCCUGUUCAGAGUUUCUAAAACUACGAGAGGGGCUUUUUCUCCAAAUGUGCACUUUACUAUUUAGAUUAUUUUCUUUUAUUUUGAAAUCUGUUUCUUACCCCAAGGAGGAUUCUUUUGCACUGAUCUCAGUAGAAUUGUCUGCGUAUGUGUGUUUAUGAGUUCAAAGUGGACAGACAUGUCUUUAUCCAGAUUUUUAAUUAAACCAGGACAAAGCUGA